AUGUUAAUUUUUAUUAUUCUUAUUUUUUAAAUAUCUGGAAGAAACUUGUAAGGAAGAGGUGCACCUCCUAAAAAGGGUGAGAGAUGGGAUCAAUCAAAUUAAGCACUUGAUUAAAUUUUUGAUCAUAUAUCAGGCAAUUUAACUGAAUAACAAGAAUAGGAAUUAGAAUUAAUUUAAGGUUAUAUAUUGAACGAAGGACUAUUAUAUUAUAGUUAGGCUAAUCAAGAAGAAAAAUAAAAGAUAUUUCUUGCUCUUAUAUAAAUGGUUGCUGAACUUGAGACUGAAAAUGAAUAAGAAAAUAUAAGACUUGAAAAAGAUAUUGAAUAUUUUAGUUAACUUAAUAUUACAGAUAAAAAUAUUGUAAUGACAAAGAUUUCACAAAAAUUAGAUAAAACUCUUAAAGAUCCUUCUCAAGAAUUUAAUAGUAAAGUGGUUUUGUUGAUAAUAAAAAAAGAAAUUGAAAGUUUUAAAAAUAAACCUGAUAGGAGUUCAAAAGCAACAUGGAAUAUAUAAGAAUAUAAAAUAAUAUAGGAGAGGAAUGAAUAGGAAAUGAAGGAAAUAGAGUAUUAAAUAUAGGAAUUUUUAGAUUAGGGUUUGUCAGAAGAUAAAAUAAAAGAAAAAAUAACAGAUUUUAUUCAAUUUUAUUUUGGUAAUUCAACAUCAAUAGACUAAAGUAACAAUAGUAUAGAGGAAAUUAUUCAAGAUGUGAAGAAAUAAGAAGAAUAAAAUACUCAAAGAUAGGAAGUGAAAUAAUAUAGAUAAAAGGUAAGAGAAUUGAUAAGGGAAUUAUUGGAAUAGGGAAAAACUGAAGAGGAAAUAUAGAAGGAAGUCAAUGAUUAUUUAAUUAAGAAUGGUGUUAAUGAUUUGAGUGAUGAUGAAAAGAAUUUAAUAAAUUUACUUAUUCAAAAAGAAAUGAUUCGAAAUAAAAGAUAGUAAGAUUAUUUAAAUGAUGAUUAAUCUAAAGUCUAACUUAAUAAUAAUCUUAAUUAUAUUUACAUUGGAAUAUUUACUAGUAUUUUAUUGAUGACCUUAGUAGUGUUUCUGAUUAGAAGAUAUAAAAUGAAAUAAAAUUAAAAAAAAUAGAUUGGAUUCAGAAUACAAGAUAAUACAUAAGAUGUUGAACAAAUGGAAUGA